UCUAUUACCUGAAGGUCAGAUCAGGUCACCUCUACUCGCUAAAAUGUCUCUUAUGAGGGUAUCUGCAAUUCGUCUUUUUCGGCCGAUAGCGGCAGUAUGCCAAGUGCAGCGUGGUUAUUCCAAUGAUCAUGGUGUCAUGGGCUCCGGAUCCGGCAAGGGUGGAGGAACAGGUGGAUCCAUCCGCGAUGCUGGUGGAGCAUUCGGCAAGAUGGAAGCAGCACACGAGGAGCAAUACUUCAGACAGCUGCAAGCUGAGCAGCUGAAGGCCCUCAAGAAGCACCACGACGAGGAGAUUGAGGCCCACGAGCGAGAAAUCAACCGUCACGCUGAGGAAAUCAAGCGGCUAAAAAAGCGCCGGAGAGAGAUUGAUAGUCACACCGGGUCAAGUAGCGAUAGCGAUUAGAUUUGGUUGAUUUUGCAGGUUGGCAGGUUUUUUUUUUUGCAAGCCCACAAGUUGAUAAAUGAGUACUUCUCUGUCAGAAAUUGCAGGCUGUCUGUGCUGCCCAUCUCAAAUUUUGCCGUAACUCAACGGCAGUCUGAUGCUGUACCGUGUUCUGCAUAUACCAUUGUCAUUAAAGAUCAUAAACUCACCAAAAAAAUGUCGUUGAAAUACACUGAUUAUUUGAUAGUAGCUUUACUCCUUUGCAGUGACUUGUUCAAUUAAAAUUUUACCUGGAAAUUAAGUCCACAGUGUCCGUUCCUUCCAUAAACAAGAUUUGCGCUUUAUGGAAAAAAAGUAGUUUUGCAUUUUUUUUGGUGACCUUUUCACAGAGCGUCUCAGCUUUUGUGAAAGAUAUGACAAGGAUAAGGAAAUAUUUGAAGACAGGAUGUUUUAAAAGUAUUCUAAUUUUUAAGUUGCAUGCACAGACUUGAUGCAUUUACCACCAGUAGUGUUUAUGAACAUGUAAAACUUGAUAUUCAUUUAUACUGAUUAUUGCAGAUGGUGUUUAAAGUUAUGCUACAGAAGGAAAAUCUCUUAUUUUCCACUUCAAGAACGUCAUCGUUAUGGAAUUCAAUGGGGCCAGUAUCUGACAACUACUGAGAGACAGUGGGUGUUUUUUGUGCACUGAUGUCAUUGCAUCUCAUAAAGAUGAAGAGUGCCCUCGUUUGUUGCAUAUGGAGUAGGAAUUUCUUUCUGUUUGUUGAUUACCGUGAUUAUUAGGCAAAGCUAUGGAUUGUUAAUAAAGGAUUUUAGUUAUGGCAUCUUUAA